GAAGUGAAAGGUAGACGUAGUUAACCGGUCCGCUAGUGCUGGAGUUUGACGUGGCACUUCGCAGUGAUGCGCAUUUAGAGCAAGUGAGAUUCACAUAGAAACGCUUUCAGACGAUUCUUCCAGCCACACAGGUUGUUUGAACCCCAUCCAGACUGGAAUGAGAAGAUCCGACCAAGAGAAGGCAGAAUGAGUCAUCAGGGUUAUGUUGCCACACCUCCGUAUUCCCAGGCCCAGCCCGGGAUGGGGGGGUACCCCGCCGGCAUUGGGGGGGUCCCCCUGCAGCCUCAUUAUGGGCACUACGGGGCCCCGUCCCAAUCCUUCCCACCCCCACCCCCCGGUGCACUGAAGUCACCUGUGUCUGCCCCCUCUCCUGCCCCACCAGGGCCCGGUCAGUUUACGCCAAGCAGCCAGCCAAACGGCUACUCCCAGAGGUUCCCCCCUCCAGCGGUCUCCGGUCCCCCGGGGCCCCCCCUGUCUCCUUACCACAGCCCCGCUUCUCCAGCCCAGCUGCUCGGCAAUCAAAUGAGUGCCAUGCAAAUCAGCGGAUACGGCCCCGGUCCAGGGCCCGGCCCCCAGUCCCCCCUCAGCUCUGGCCCCCCUCCCCCCUUCUCAUCACCCCCCCCAGCAAUGGGCCCUGCUCCCCACAGCCCCACCUCCCCUCAGCUAGCCUCCCCUCCAUUGGCCGGCAGCAUGGGCGCCAUGACUGCGGCUCCACCAAUGGGGAUGGCUGCCGGGGGCUUCUCGGGCCCGCCCCCUCCCGGCAGCGCUGGGUUCCCACAGGCCCCUGGGACAGCUGGACCUCCUGGGUUUCCACAGCAACCAGGCCCGUACGGGGGACCGAUGGCCGGCCCCCAGCCUGGGUUCCCCGGGGCGUUCCCCAGCGGAGCUGCUCAGAUGGCCGGACCACCGCAGAAGAAGCUGGACCCCGACUCUAUCCCCAGUACCACGCAGGUGAUUGAGGAUGACCAGGCCAGGAGGGGGGGGCAGGUCUACACCACUAACCUCAGGGGGCAGGUGCCCCCCCUCGUCACCACCGACUUUGUGGUUCAGGACCAAGGCAACGCCAGCCCACGGUUCAUACGGUGCACGACCAACUCGUUCCCCUGCACAUCCGACCUGGCCAAACAGUGCCAGGUGCCCCUGGCGGCCAUUAUCAGUCCCUUCGCCCCGAUUCCCAAAAACGAGGCUCCCUUGUACGUGGUGAACCAUGGGGAGGCGGGGCCUCUCCGCUGUAACCGAUGCAAGGCUUACAUGUGUCCCUACAUGCAGUUCAUCGACGGGGGGCGGCGCUACCAGUGCGGCUUCUGCAACUGCGUCAACGAAGUUCCGCCGUUUUACUUCCAGCACCUGGACCACAUGGGGCGGCGGGUGGACCUGUACGAGAGGCCGGAGCUGUCGCUAGGGUCCUACGAGUUCAGCGCCACGCUGGAUUACUGCAGGAACAAUAAACCGCCCAAUCCGCCGGCCUUUAUCUUCAUGAUUGACGUGUCCUACGCCAACAUCAAGAGCGGGCUCGUUAAGCUGCUGUGUGAGGAACUAAAAACCCUGCUGGACCAUCUGCCCAGCGAGGAGGGGGCGGAGAGCUCUGCGGUCAGGGUGGGCUUCGUCACCUACAACAAGAUCCUGCACUUCUACAACGUGAAGAGCGGCCUGGCCCAGCCGCAGAUGAUGGUGGUGUCCGACGUGGCCGAGAUGUUCCUGCCUCUGCUGGACGGCUUCCUGGUCAACUUCCAGGAUUCCCGGUCCGUCAUCCACAAUCUGCUGGACCAGAUCCCGGACCUGUUCGGCGAAACCAACGAGAGCGAGACGGUGUUCGGCCCGGUCAUUCAGGCCGGCGUGGAGGCGCUGAAGGCUGCAGAGUGCAGUGGAAAGCUCUUCAUCUUCCACUCCUCCCUCCCCACCGCCGAGGCUCCUGGGAAACUCAAGAACCGCGACGACAAGAAGCUGGUUAACACCGACAAGGAAAAGACUCUGUUUCAGCCCCAGCGCCUGUACGAGCAGCUGGCCAAGGACUGCACGGCGAGUGGCUGCAGUGUGGACCUGUUCCUGUUCCCCAGCCAGUACCUGGACGUGGCCUCCAUGGGCCACGUGCCCCUGCACACCGGGGGCUCCGUCUACAAAUACAACAACUUUCGGAUCGAGGCAGACAGAGACCUCUUCCUGAGCGACCUGAGGAAAGACGUGGAGAAGCCAAUCGGAUUCGACGGCAUCAUGCGAGUCCGAACCAGCACAGGAUUCAGAGCCACAGACUUCUUCGGGGCCGUCUACAUGAACAACACCACGGAUGUGGAAAUGGCCGCUGUGGACUCCCACAAAGCCGUGACGGUGGAGUUCAAGCACGACGACGCCCUGAGCGAAGACACGGGCGCCCUCAUACAGUGUGCCUUGCUCUACACCACCGUCAGCGGGCAGCGGCGUCUACGCAUACACAACCUCUCGCUGAACUGCAGCGCCCAGCUGGCCGAGCUCUACAAGAGCUGCGAGACCGACGCCCUCGUCAACUUCUUCGCCAAAUCAGCGUACCGCGCCAUGCUGAACCAGCCCCUGAAGACGGUGCGGGACGUCCUGGUGAAGCAGACGGCCCACAUGCUGGCCUGCUACAAGAAGAACUGUGCCAGCCCGUCUGCCGUCAGCCAGCUGAUCCUGCCCGACGCGAUGAAGGUGUUCCCGGUGUACGUGAACAGCCUGAUGAAGAACGCCGCCCUGGUGGGCAGCGUGGAGCUCUCCACCGACGAGAGGGCCUUCCACAGGCUGCAGGUCAUGGGCAUGGGGGUGGAGGAGACCCAGGGCCUGUUCUACCCCCGCCUCGUCCCGCUGCACACCAUGGACGUGGCGGAGGAGGGCGUCCCGGCCCCGGUGCGCUGCUCUGAGGAGCGUCUCUCUGACGGGGGGCUCUUCCUGCUGGAGAACGGGCGGCAGCUCUUCCUGUGGCUGGGCCAGGCCUGCCCCCCCGACCUCGUCCAGAACGUCUUCAACGUCCCGUCCGUCGCCCACGUCGGCAGCGAGGGGCAGUCAGUACCGAAGCUGGACAACCCCCACUCCAAGAAGCUGUGGUCCAUCAUCGACCUCAUCAGCACCCAGAGACUCCACUCCAUGAAGGUCCUGGUGGUGAAGCAGAAGGACCGGACGGAGAUGCCGUUCCGGCAGCUCCUGGUGGAGGAUAAGGGCGUUCACGGCGGGGCGUCCUACAUGGACUUCCUGUGCUACGUCCACCGAGAAGUCCGACAGCUGCUCACCUAACGGCCCCCGUCGCCGUGGGGACCCUGAACAGCCUGUUGCCAUGGGGACCCCGAACCCUUCGUCGCCAUGGGCACCCCGAACCGCCCGUCGCCAUGGGGAUCCUGAACCGUCUGGCACCCCCUUCUGGACAACUUCUGUGUGGCUCCAUUUGGUGCCCAGUGCCAAAAGACCUCAUCCUUUUUCUACUUGCCUCUAUAUCAGACCUGGAUCAAAUACGUCAUUGUCUUGGAUUAAAAUACGCCGUGCCCGAUUGAUCUUGCCUGCAUCAUUCCUGAGAGUAUUUCAUAGGUUACAAUACACCAGACAAACUCAAUAAAGUGUGUCCGAGACCAAAACAAUUACGUAUUUGACCCAGGUCUGUUCUAUACACAGUACCUGUCGUACUGUGAUAUAUUUUAAUGACUUCACGCUUAACACUAUUUUCAUGAAAUUGCAUUUUUGGGUCAUUUCAUCCCAUUUCUGCUGCAGUGCUUUUGACCUGCACAACACCUGCACAUUGGCCUUUCAAGCACCUGUUCAAAAGCCAGUCGACAGGUGCUAGAUUUAUGCAAAGCUCCCUUUGUUAAGAACAGCGUGCGGAGCACUGGAACACGGGACUGAGUGGAACACGGAACAGAGACCGCUUCCGUAUUCCAUGGACCGCUGCAUCAGGUGCAUUGGCACAGCCAAUCACACACUAGUAGUGUUACUCAUGCCAUAAGCCCAUCUGCACCGUGGUGGGAAUUCUGUGGCCCUUUUGAUGAAUAGUGAAUGGGAUUUCUGUGAGGCUAAUUCUUUAUAUGUCUUUUGGGACUAUUUCUUUUACAUUUGAUAAAAAAAAGCUAACAGAUAAAUACAAAUCAUAGAUUAUAUCAGAGAUCACACAUUGGCAUUAGUAGGUUAUUAAUAUAAUAAUAAGGAUAUUCAGCAUCAUUCUUAAUUUGUCAUGGGAGUUUUUUCUUGGCUUACUCGUCAGGGUCUGGGCCGAGAAUGUCUGUCAAGGGUUUUGACACAUCGGUGAAAAGCGAUAUGAAAUAUAACAGAAUUAUCUGCAGAAAUACAGGAGAGAAAGUCAAGCAUUUCACUUUUUCCCUCAAAGUUGCUUUUUUAGUUCUAGUAGAAUCUGUAUCUGCCAUCUGAAUUAUUUUAUAUGCUUUUUUAUUGUAUUUUCCGUCAUUAUUUAGGUACUGUUUCGGAGACCAGGGCCAGUGGCAAUGUAGACAUUCAUAUUUUGUGGAAUUUUUUAUGGCAUUGAAAACAUGUAAACAUUGUCUGACUAAACUUCUGAAAAAAAAAAAAAAAAUGAAAACAAAAAAUCUCAUUCAUAUAAUUCACUCCAUAGUUAGAUACAAAUUGGAUUUAUUCUUACCAUUCAAAUACUAAAUCCUAAAAAAUAUAGGAUUUGUUCUCUGGGACCAAAAUUCAUCAGGAUGGUUAAAAUGUUCACAUUGUGAUACUAAAAGGGACUUUUUUAAAGGGGUUAAUUAAAUACAUUGUGUAUUGUGUACACGUAGUAUGUUUAACCAGACAUGUGCUUGGUCCGACUGAAGAAUUUUGGCCUGUCAGUUUUUGUUUUUUAUGGAUUUGUACGCAGCGAACCGAUUUUCAGUGACGCUGUACCUUCCUGUGUUUGUGGAAAUGUUGGAAAGCAGAACAAGCAGGGUGUGUGUCACUGUCUAGUGUGCUUUUACUCAUUAUGUGUUACUGCCAUCUGCCUUAAUAACUGUCCAUAUGGUAAAACUUAUAUACUUAUAUAAUUAUAUACUAUAAUACAAUAUUAAGUUUAAAAAAAAAAAAAUGUUACUUUGUAGUUUAUGCAAAUACAGCUCAGGAAGCAUUUGUCUUUACAGUUGUAGGAAAUGAUCAUCGCUAGUAAUGGGGGAGAGAGGCGGAGGGUAGAGCGACAAUAAGCCAUCGGUGCCACACUGAUCUCAACCAAUCAUUGUGCUCAUCUGUAUAGAGCAGUGGCUCAAACAAGGCCGCAGUUGACCGCUCACUGCAGCUUCACUCAUAGGGUUCAGGAAACCUCAGUCUUUCAUCACUAGUUGGAGCCAUCUUGGCUCUGAAUAAGAACUGCGUGUGUUUGAGUUAAAGGAGAGGUGUGGGAGAUUUGUGUCAUGCUCAUGUCAAUCCAAAGUGUUUAUAAGUCUCAUUUUUAUUAAACUCCUGUCUGGCCUGUAA